CGCCGCCCGGCGGCGCCAGGAGGGAGUUUCUCCUCAGCAGGGGCAGGUGGGGCCGUUCUGCCGCCUGCCCCGCCUCACCGCAGCGGGGGAGCGCGGACACCCGGCCCGGAGCGCCGUCGCUUCCCGCUUCAGGGGCUGCCCCUUGCCGGGCGCUGCUGCGAGCAACAGGUCCGUGCUUUUUCCUCCCUCCGCCAGUGCGGGAGUGUGUCAGGCGAACAAAGGGGCUGAGCGCGGCCCCGCGUCCCCUCCACGCAGCGGCCGCCCGGCCCCUGUGCUUCAGCCAUUUGCGUCGCCUGGCAUCGCACCGCCGCUUCCCCAGCACCGCUUCUCCUUCCCGGCUUCCCCUACCAGCUCCGACUCCAACCGCCGCUGCGCUGCAGGCAGCGAGGCGGCGUGGAGGGAGCUUCCCCAGAGCGACGUGGGGCUCGCCGGCCGUCACCCAGAGGGAGAAUGCGUAUGAGGAGCAGUGAUACGAAGAAACCUUCACAAAGGUCAUGUAAAGAAAAACUUGGCUAGUGGGGAAUCUCCUUCCAGAGCAGAUUGCAGCCACUACCUUCCACUGAAGUAGUUGCACGAGGUGAUGGCCGCCCCGCUGCGGCCCGGAGCCCUCCUCACGGGCGCGGCGCGGCGCCGCCACAGCUAGCGCGCAUCCAUGGAGGGCAGCAGUGCCGCGGAGGAAGAGGAGAGCGGGGCCGGGCCCGGCGCCCCGCCGCCGCCACCGCCUCCCACCCCGGCCGCCCCCUGCGGCUUCAGCUCCUCCCUCUGCUUCAGCGCCACCGCAGCCGAGCCGCAGCCGCCUGCUGCUGGGGGCCGGGUGGUGGAGAGCCAGUGGGAGAUCAACAACGCCGCCUGCCAGCCGGAGGAGGAGGAAGAGGCCGUAGGGACGCUAGACCGUCCGGCGGAGGAGCCCGAUCUGGUCAUCGAGGUUUCGGGGCGUCGCAUCCGGGCGCACAAGUCGGUGCUGGCGGCCAAGAGUGACUACUUUCGUGCCCGCGCCUCACGGGACGUCCUGCGUGUGAAGGGCGUGAGCUACGGGGCGCUGCGGCUCCUCAUCGACUAUGUGUACACGGCCCGCAUGGGCGAGGUGCGGCACGACAACCUGGCCGAGGUGGUGAGCGGCGCCCGCGUCCUCCAGAUGCCCUGUGCCCUGCACUGUGCCGCCGAGGCCAUGCGUGCCCAGCUCCGCCUCAGCAACUGCUACCAGCUCCUCUGCCUGGCCAAGAAGCAGCGGCUGGCGGAACUGCGGGAAGCUGCCUACCGCUUCAUGAGCGAUCACUACCUGGAGGUGCUGCGGGAGCCCAGUGUCUACGGCCGUCUCAGUGGCACUGAGCGGGACCUUAUCCUGCAGCGGCGCAUGGAAGCCGGCCGGCCCUGCUUGUUGGUGGCCGAGGUCAGCGAUGCUUUUGAGCGGCCAGGUGGUAGCAGCCGGCCACAGAGCCGGGAGAGUAGCCGGCCACAGAGCCCCUCCUCCGUGGUGUCACUGGAGGAGAGCGGCUCCCUCAUCCACUGCUACCAGGAGGCCAGUGGCGAGUGGAGGGUGCUGACGCGCCUGCCUGAGGAGGCCAAUGCUAAGGGCUGUGCCAUGUGUGUCCUCCACAACUACCUCUUCCUAGCUGGGGGCAUCAUGGUGGGGCCAGCAGGUGGUGAGUCCCGGGCCCGCCUUUCUGACAAGGUCUUCUGCUACAACCCCCUAACUGAUACCUGGAGCCAGGUGCGGCCACUGGCUCAGCCCCGCUCGCAGCUCAAGCUGCUGGCCCUGGACGGUUACCUCUAUGCUGUGGGGGGUGAGUGCCUCUUCACUGUGGAGAGGUAUGACCCACGGGCAGACCGCUGGAGCCCUGUGGCACCCCUGCCCAAGGGUGCCUUCGCCGUAGCUCAUGAGGCCACCACCUGCAACGGGGAGAUCUAUGUAUCAGGAGGCUCCCUCUUCUACCGCCUGCUCAAGUAUGACCCCAAACGUGAUGAGUGGCAGGAGUGCCCUUACAACAGCAGCCGCCGGCGCUCUGCUGACAUGGUGGCCUUCAAGAGUUUCAUCUAUCGCUUCGAUGUGAGCAGUGGCCGUGGUGGGGAGCAGGGCUCAGGUGGUGGGAGUGGCGGUGGUGUUGAAGUUUUCCGGUACAAUACAGUGGCCAAGCGCUGGAGACAGUGUGCCAGCCUGCGGCCCAGUGGUGGCCCCAUCCAGCCCUUCCGCUGUGCCCCCUUGGGCAACACCAUCUACUGUGUCAACCGGACCGGCACCCUCCGCUUCAACCUAGCCCAGGAUGGUGAGGUGGAAGCAGAUGGUGGGCUCAAGGGCACCUUUGAUGGAGAGCUUCUUAAAGCUCCGUUGGAUGCCAAGGGUGUCCUCCUACCCUUUGUGCUCACUCUCCCCGAGAGGCUGGACAAAACAGGGGACCAGGAGGGCUCCCUCCCACUGUGAGGUGGCCAGCCUGGUUCUGGCUUCCCAAGUGGGGAGCGGGAUUGCAGCUGUGGGGGAGUACAAACUCCCCCCUGCAGAGGGGACCCUCUCUGCCAUGUUGCAGAGAGAGGGGACUCCCCCUUUCCUCCUCUCUGCUCCCAAGAUGUUGAACUGGAGCUACUUGGUUGUAACACAUCUGGUAUUUGCUGUGCUUUGUGUGAAAAGCCAAGCACAUGAAAGGAAAAGCUGCUAUAAAAAGGAUGACCUCUGGGUUAUGUUUGUGCCAAUUCCCAAUCUGAGAAAAAAAAACAA